AUGGCGCCUUCGAAAUACAAGUCGCCGCCGCAGCUGCCGCCCAAGUUCACGGCUACCCGCCAGAGCUUGAUUGACGAUGCGAAGAGGCUGAUCGAGAGAUCCCGAAGUGUUCAAGAUGCAGUUGUUCGAGACGUCAAGCCCGAAAGCGCCACCUUUGCCAAUGCUAUCCUUCCAAUUGCCCGCGAUGACAACAAAAUGGCCAUUGAAUCCCAUGUUCUUGGCUUCUACAACGCCGUUUCCACGAGCAAGGACCUGCGCGAUGCAUCCAGCGAGGUGGAGCAGAUGCUUGACGACUUUGGCAUCGAGUCAUCCAUGCGCGAGGAUGUCUUCAACCUCGUCGAUGCUGUGUUGAAGAAGGACGAGCAACUGGACCCAGAGUCUCGGCGCUUGCUGGAGAAGGACCAUAAGACCUUCAUUCGUAAUGGGCUUAGUCUGCCUGCGGGUCCAAAGAGGAACAGAUUCAAGGAAAUCAAGCAGCGACUGAGCACAAUUGGCAUCGCUUUCCAGAAGAACCUUAAUGAGGAGAACGGGGGCUUGUGGUUUACACCAGAGGAGUUGCACGGUGUACCGGAGGAUGUCCUUUCGGGUCUGAAGAAGGGUGAGGGCGAAAACGAGGGCAAGAUCUUCUUGACCUUCAAGUAUCCCGAUCUCUUCCCAACGCUGAAAUACGCUACCAACCCGGAGACGCGGAUGAAGUUGUCUGUUGCAAACGAGAACAAGUGCAACGACAACGUAGCCCUGUUCAGGGAGGCCGUCCUCCUCCGCGAUGAGGCAGCCCGUAUCCUUGGCUAUGAUAACCAUGCCCAGUUCAGGAUCGAAGAUAAGAUGGCGAAGACUCCUAAGACGGUAAACGACUUCCUUGGUGAUUUGCGCACCAAACUCGCGCCGGGCGGAAAGAAGGAGAUCAAGAAAUUGAUCGAGUUGAAGAAGCAGGACGUGGCAGCAAAUGGGUUGACGGGCCCAUUGUCUGAAGACUACUAUCUGUGGGACCACAGAUACUACGACCGCUUGAUGCUGGAGAAGGACUACCAGUUGGACCACCAGGUCAUCGCUGAGUACUUCCCUCUGCAGCCCACCAUCGAGGGUAUGCUGAAGAUCUUUGAGGAGCUCUUUGGCCUGGUCUUUAUAAGCAUUGCUGGCGAGGAAGAAAGGGCGGCCCUUGCAGAUGGCGGCAAGGGUUCGGACAUUGUCUGGCACGAGGAUGUGCAAGUCUUCAGCGUUUGGGACGACGAGGGCGAAGGUGCUGGCUUUGUCGGCUACCUCUAUCUUGAUCUCCACCCGCGAGAGGGCAAGUACGGCCACGCCGCAAACUUCAACCUCCAGCCUGGCUACAUUGACGAGAAUGGCAAGAGAAGAUAUCCCGCUACGGCGCUGGUGUGCAAUUUCUCGAAGCCAACGAAGAAGAAGCCAUCAUUGUUGAAGCACGACGAAGUCGUUACCUUGUUCCACGAACUAGGCCACGGUAUUCAUGACCUAGUUUCCCGAACAACCUACUCUCGUUUCCACGGCACCAACACUGUUCGUGACUUUGUCGAGGCACCAUCGCAAAUGCUGGAGAACUGGUGCUGGACUCCAUCUCAACUUCGCGCUCUAUCGCACCACUACUCUUACCUCUCCGCCGACUACGAGAAGGAGUAUCUUGAGUCAUCGGGUGCCGAUAAGAAGCCAUCCGAGAAGAUUCCCGGAUCGCUGGUAGCCAAGUUGAUCUCGACCAAGCACGUCAACGAUGCUCUGUUCAACCUGAGGCAGCUGCACUUUGGUACUUUCGACAUGACUGUCCACGAGCCUGCUAGUCACGAGGAGCUGGAGAAGAUGGACAUCACUGAGAAGUACAACUCUUUGAGACACGAAAUCAGUCAGCUCAAGGGCCCUGAAUCAUUGGAGGGCGAGAAGAAGGGUGACUGGCACUGGGGUAACGGUCAGGCUACAUUCGGCCACUUGAUCGGUGGUUAUGACGCUGGUUACUACGGCUACCUCUCAUCCCAAGUCUACUCCACAGACAUGUUCUACUCCGUCUUCAAAUCCGACCCCAUGAACGGAAAGGAAGGCAGGCGAUACCGCCACACCGUCCUCGAGCGCGGUGGCUCAAAGGAGGAAAUGGACAUCCUAGAGGAGUUCCUCGGCCGCAAACCUCAAACCGAUGCCUUCUACAAGGAACUUGGCAUUUCUCAGUAG